UAUUAUUAAAAACAAAGAGCCCCGCCCUGCCCAGGCCCGGUCCCCUGGGGGAGCGCCGUCCUCAGUCGGUGGUCUUGGGGGCAGCCUGGCCAGAUGCUCCGCCGCACGGACCCGAGAGACGACAACACGUUGUGUGAAUAAAGUACAAAAGGACACUUGGCGAGUGUGUGGCCGCCGCCGCCUGUUGCGUCCGCCGGGGGUCGGGGAGACGGGCGAGCGGUACCGGGAGGGCUCUGGCCGCCGCCGGAACCAAAAGCAAUGCCUGCUGGCCGCUGGGGGACGCGUGUUCACGAGGCACCGCCCGCCGCACGACCAGCCGGCUGCUCCCCGCUCUGCUGGAGGAUGUGGCCGUGGAGCGCGGCGCGCCGGGCCUGGGCCCUGGCCUUGGCGCUCUCACGCCGAGCCCCGGCCCGCGGCCCGGUCAGGGGCGUCUCCUACACGCAGGGCCAGAGCCCCGAGCCCCGGACCCGCGAGUACUUCUACUACGUGGAUCACCAGGGCCAGCUCUUCCUGGAUGAUUCCAAAGUGAAGAACUUCAUCACCUGCUUCAAAGACCUGCAGUUCCUGGUCACCUUCUUCUCCCGCCUGAGACCCAACCGCAGCGGGCGCUACGAAGCCUCCUUCCCUUUCCUCUCCCCCUGCGGCAGAGAGCGCAACUUCCUGCGCUGCGAGGACCGGCCCGUGGUCUUCACGCACCUGCUGGUCGCGGGCCACGGGACGCGCGUGUCCUAUUGCGGCGGCGGCGAGGCCCUGGCUGUGCCUUUCGAGCCCGCGCGCCUGCUGCCCCUGGCCGCCAACGGGCGCCUCUACCACCCAGCGCCGGAGCGCGCGGGCGGCGUAGGCCUGGUGCGCUCGGCGCUCGCCUUCGAGCUCAGUGCCUGCUUCGAGUACGAGCCCGAUGCGCCCGCGCUGCCCUCGCACGUGCGCUGGCAAGGCCGCCGCCUCGCGCUCACCAUGGACCUGGCUCCACUGCUGCUCGCGACACCAUCGCCCUGAGCCGCAGGUAGGGCUGGACCUAGAGGCUGCGGGCGUCCCUGCUCCUCGGCGUCCCCCACCGUCCCCGCGUCCCCCGAGAUCCUGCGGCUACUGCACGGCGCGGACGGAGUGCGCGUGCGCGCGGAGGCGGCCGGUGAGCCGGGACCUGCUCGGCGCU